CGCUUUCUCUUAUGAAUCUGAUCGUAAAGCCAAAAUUACUUCCAAAGGAAAUAUGUCUGUAGAAGACGAUACGAAUCCUCUGCUGCGUGAUUUCAUCUUUCCUCCAUAUGAUGUUAUUGAAGCUAAACACAUCCGUCCAGCAAUACUCUCCUUAUUGACGAAAUUAGAGAAAGAGUUGGAUGAAUUGGAGAGUACAGUUGAACCAACAUGGCCCAAACUUGUUGAGCCAUUAGAAAGGAUCACUGAUAAGCUAUCAGUUGUUUGGGGAAUUGUGAAUCAUCUCAAUUCCGUUAAGGAUUCGCCGGAGCUCCGUUCUGCUAUUGAACAAGUUCAGACAGAUAAGGUCAGGUUUCAACUCAGAUUAGGUCAAAGUAAACCUAUCUAUGAAGCGUUUAAAUCUAUUCAAGAAUCCCCAAAUUGGGAAAGUCUGAAUGAUGCACGUAAACGUGUAGUGGAAGGCCAGCUGAAAGAAGCAAUUCUUACUGGAGUUUCUCUUCAGGGUGACGAAAGAGAACAUUUCAAUGAAAUACAACAGGAGUUAGAAAAACUAUCUCAAAAGUUUGAGGAGAACAUUUUGGAUGCAACUAAAAAGUACGAAAAACUGAUCCUGGAUGAGAAAGAAAUUGAAGGUUUACCAGCUAUCUCUCGUGCUAUAGCCGCGGAAUCAGCAGUUUCCAAGGGUUAUGACAAGGCUACUGCUGAAGAUGGGCCAUGGAUUCUUACACUAAAUGGUCCUAUUUAUCGUGCUAUUUUGCAACAUGUUAGAAACCGAUCUCUAAGAGAAGAAGUCUUUCGUGCAUAUGUGACACGUGCUUCUGAUGGAGAUUGUAACAACACCCCAAUCAUUGAAAGGAUUCUAUUGCUUCGAUUGGAGAAGGCAAAACUUCUUGGAUUUCAAAAUUAUGCAGAGGUAAGCAUGGAAAAGAAAAUGGCUGAUGUACAGAAAGCUGAAGAGCUUAUAGAAAAGCUUCAUGAUGCCUCUUGGAAUGCUGCAGUUCAAGACAUGCAAGAUCUUAAAGAUUUUGCUAAUGCCCAAGGGGCUGCAGAAGCUGAAGAACUGAAUCACUGGGAUAUCAACUUCUGGAGUGACAGACUUCGUGAAUCAAGAUAUGAUAUACAAGAGGAAGAGUUGCGGCCUUAUUUUUCACUGCCAAAGGUUAUGGAUGGUCUUUACAAACUCUCAAAGAAGUUAUUCGAUGUUGAGAUUGAGCCAGCUGAUGGACUUGCCCCGGUGUGGAACAAGGAUGUCAGUUUGUACAGUGUGAAAAACACGAAAGGAGUACCGAUAGCAUACUUUUAUUUUGACCCAUAUUCUCGUCCUUCAGAAAAGCGAAGCGGAGGAUGGAUGGAUGUUGUUGUUGGCCGGAGUGUUGCAGUUACUAAAAAUGGAAAUCCUAGGUUGCCAAUUGCAGUAAUAGUUUGCAAUCAAACUCCCCCUGUUGGAGACAAGCCAAGUCUAAUGACCUUUCGCGAGGUUGAGAUAAUUUUUCACGAAUUUGGUCAUGCUCUCCAGCACAUGCUCACAAAACAGGACGAAGGACUUGUGUCUGGUUGUCGAGGAAUAGAGUGGGAUGCAGUUGAAAUAGCUUCACAAUACAUGGAGAAUUGGUGUUAUCAAAGAGAUAUCUUACUGAGCAUAGCCAAACACUAUGAAACUGGAGAAGGUCUGAAUGAAGAAAUACGCUCGAAGCUCCUAUCAGCUAGAACAUUUCGUGCUGGUUCAACUUUGCUUCGACAGCUACGGUAUGCUCUCAUAGAUUUGGAGCUCCACACAAAAUACGUGUCGGGUGGGUCAGAAUCAAUCUAUGAUAUGGAUCAAAGAAUUGGGAAGAAAACUGGUUUAAUCCCUUUGCUUCCAGAAGACAGAUUUCUUUGCAGUUUCAGUCAUAUAUUUGCAGAUACAUAUGCAGCUGGAUACUACAGUUAUCAGUGGGCUGAAGUAUUGGCCUAUGAUGCUUUCUCCGCGUUUGAGGAGGUUGGCUUUGAAAAUGACCAGGAAAUUGAAGAACUGGGCCAUAAAUUUAGGGAGACAGUACUUGCUGUUGGAGGUGGAAAGUCCCCACUUGAGGUUUUUGUUCAAUUUAGAGGUCGCGAACCUUCGCCAAACGCGUUUCUCCGAUACAAUGGACUAUUACCCAGCUUAAUUGCUGGUUGAAAAGCCAUACACAUGAGAAUAAAAGAAAGAAUAAGGAUUGGCCUAUUGUGAAUUUACUGUUAAUGAAAAUUUUAUAUUAUAGUUGUCAUCAAUGUAACAUAAUAAUAAAUAGUACAUGUUAUAAGAAUAUCUUAAUGUUUAAAUUUUAUAAUACUUUAUUUAGAAUCAAAAUUUAAGAUUGUAUCAA